AUGUAUUUCCGACAAUGCAACCACAAAAAAUUUUAUUAUGAAACUUUGGAGAUCUUUGUGUCAGAUACCUGUUAUUACACUAUACUAAGUAGUAGCAACGAUAAUACUGAUUUAUAUGGUUAUCUCUAUGAAAAUCAUUUCAAUCCACUUGCUCUACGCAAAAAUUUACUUGCAGAAAAUAAUGAUAGGAGUGAAAUCAAUCGGCAAUUUAAACUUGAAGUUCCUCUUUAUGUCAACAUUACAUAUAUAUUAGUAAUCACAACAUAUUCUCCUAAAGAUAUUGGUGAAUUUAAACUUAAUUUCAUUGGAUGGAAAAAUAUCAAUAUCAAACGUCAGACAUUACCACUCAAUAAUUAUGUAAAUUAUUCAUCAGAAUUCACUUCUACUAGUGCAAUGUAUUAUCGAGAUUGUCAAAUACCAAAAUGUUACUAUGAAACAUUAGAAAUCAAUGUAAUUACAACGGGUAUUUAUGUUAUAUCGAGUGAGAGUGAUAUGCAUAUGUAUGGUUAUAUUUACAAACAUGAUUUUGAUCCAUUGAAGACAUCAAAAAAUUUAUACUUAGAACAUAACGGCACAUGUAAUGAUUAUCAAUUGAAAUUUAUUACUAAUCUUAAUAAUUAUACAAAAUAUAUUUUGGUUAUAACAACAUUCUCUCCAUAUACUAUGGGAAAAUAUUCGAUAUUUAUAUCCGGUCCAAAUAAUGUUAGUCUUACUCAUUUCCAUCCAAAAUUUCGUAAUUGUAUUGUUGGUGAUCAAUGUAACUUUUAUGUGAAAAGUAUUGGUUUGACAUUAGAUGAUAUUUUACAUGAUGAACUUCGUUCAAAUAAGCCUUUAAGUACUCAACCAAUCUCGAUUAAAUUAAGUGCAACUCUAACAAUCAUUAUGUUUGUUGCAGGAUUGAUCAAUAGUGUUUUAUCAUUUUUGACAUUUAAAAGUAAAGAUGCACAACAAGUUGGAUGUGGAUUAUAUCUUCUGGCAUCAUCAAUUACUUCUCUCUUAACGAUAAUUAUGUUCAUAAUCAAGUUUUGGUUUCUUGUCAUUACUCGAAGGAAUGUUUCAAUUAUUAAUCCAGCUGUUUUUCAAGGAGGUUGUAAAUCUAUUGAAACUCUUCUUAAACUUUUUCUUUAUUUCGAUAAUUGGCUUAAUGCUUGUGUUGCUGUUGAACGAGCAUUUCACGUUUACAUAGGAAUCAAUGUUGAUAAGAAGAAAAGUAGACGUAUUGCUCGAUGGAUUAUUCUUAUUUUACCAUUCUGCAUUUUGGGUACUCUUGUUCAUGAACCAAUCUUUCGUAAAUCAUUUCAAUAUCCACUGGAAAUAAAUAAAAAUAAAUCAAAUCAAACAUAUACAAAUAUAACUAAUGAAGUAACAACUGAUCAACCUGUACAAUGUAUAACUGAAUAUCCUCGUUCUAUUCAAAAUUAUAAUACGAUUAUUCUAUUUUUUCAUCUUGUUGUUCCAUUUAUUGCUAAUCUUUUUUCAGCUCUUUUUAUUAUCUUCGGUGCUGCUCGACAACGAUCAAAAAUUCACAAAAGUCGAAAAUAUAAAGAUCUUGUUCGUGAACAAUUCCAUGAACAUAAACAAUUAAUUAUUAGUCCCAUUAUUUUACUUAUUUUAUCAUCACCACGUUUAAUCAUUGCAUUACUUCCUGGAUGUAUUAAAAUAACACAACAUUUAUGGAUAUAUUUAUUAGCUUAUUUUAUUUCAUUUAUUCCAUCAGUAUUGAUUUUUAUGAUAUUUGUUUAUCCUUCAGAAAUGUAUAUGAAGGCAUUCAAACAAUCAUUAACUAUCAAUUGUUGGCAAACACGUCGAAAAUAA